CAAAAGGGUAUCAUUUCUCUUUUACCAUCUUCAGAAAAAAAAAAAGAAUCCGGUUCUCUCUUCCCCUUUGGUGUGUUAUAAAUUGAGGGACUUGGAAGAGCUUUUCUAUUCAUUUCUCGUAGCUGUUUACACUUUACAGAUAUCAAAGCUGCUUUUGUAACCAAACACAAGUUCGAUCUAGCCAUGGCUGCAUCUUUCUCAGGGCCUUCAAUGAUAAUGGAGGAGGAAGGAAGGUUUGAAGCAGAGGUAGCAGAGGUGCAAGCCUGGUGGAGCUCAGAGAGGUUCCAGCUAACCCGAAGACCAUACUCGGCGAGAGACGUGGUAGCACUACGAGGCAACCUCAAACAGAGCUAUGGCUCGAACGAGUUGGCUAAAAAGCUUUGGCGAACUCUCAAGACUCACCAAGCCAACGGCACGGCCUCAAGAACCUUUGGCGCCCUUGACCCCGUCCAAGUCACCAUGAUGGCCAAGCACUUGGACACCAUCUACGUCUCGGGCUGGCAGUGCUCCUCCACACACACCUCCACCAACGAGCCUGGCCCUGAUCUUGCUGACUACCCAUACGACACCGUUCCAAACAAGGUCGAACACCUCUUCUUCGCGCAACAGUACCACGACCGAAAGCAGAGGGAGGCCCGUAUGAGCAUGUCCAGGGAGGAACGGGCUCGAACCCCUUACAUCGAUUAUCUCAAGCCAAUCAUAGCAGAUGGUGACAGUGGUUUCGGUGGCUCCACUGCCACCGUCAAGCUCUGCAAGCUCUUCGUUGAGCGAGGCGCAGCCGGUGUCCACAUUGAGGACCAGUCCUCUGUCACCAAGAAAUGUGGUCAUAUGGCUGGGAAAGUGCUCGUUUCUGUGAGUGAACAUAUUAAUAGGCUUGUAGCUGCGAGGCUUCAAUUUGAUGUAAUGGGAGUGGAGACAGUUUUAGUGGCUCGAACAGACGCGGUGGGCGCAACUCUUAUUCAAACAAAUGUGGACACCAGGGACCACCAAUUCAUCCUCGGCGUCACGAAUCCGCAACUGAAGGGAAAAGGUUUAGCUACCGUUUUGGCCGAAGCCAUGGCUUCAAGAAAGACAGGACCGGAACUUCAAGCCAUUGAGGACAACUGGACCAAGAUGGCCGGAUUGAAGACUUUCUCCGAACACGUGGUGGACUCCAUCAAAAACGCAAACUUCAGUGAGAACGAGAAGAAUUGGAAGCUGAACGAAUGGAUGAAGCACUCAAGCUAUGAGAAAUGUCUAUCAAACGACCAGGCCCGUGAAAUCGCCGAUCAACUGGGGCUGAAAAACCUUUUCUGGGACUGGGAUUUGCCCAGAACCAGAGAAGGGUUCUACAGGUUUAAAGGGUCGGUGGCUGCAGCAGUGGUCCGAGGCUGGGCCUUCGCUCCUCACGCUGACUUAAUAUGGAUGGAAACGGCGAGCCCUGACAUGGUCGAAUGCACCGAAUUCGCAAAAGGAGUGAAAUCAAUGCAGCCGGAGACAAUGUUGGCAUACAAUCUAUCGCCGUCGUUCAACUGGGACGCGUCGGGAAUGAACGAUCUUCAGAUGAAGGAGUUCAUUCCCAGAAUAGCAAAGCUGGGCUACGUGUGGCAGUUCAUUACGCUGGCAGGUUUCCACGCCGACGCACUGGUGAUCGAUACAUUCGCCAAGGAUUACGCUACGCGGGGUAUGCUGGCCUAUGUGGAGAGGAUCCAGAGAGAGGAGAGGAACCACGGAGUCGACACUCUCGCUCAUCAGAAAUGGUCCGGUGCUAACUACUACGACAGGUAUCUCAAGACCGUCCAGGGAGGUAUUGCUUCCACUGCUGCCAUGGGCAAAGGAGUGACUGAAGAUCAGUUCAAAGAGAGCUGGACCAGGCCAGGGACUAUGAACAUGGGCGAAGGAAGUGAAGUUCUUGCCAAAUCAAGAUUGUAAGGGGAGAAAGAGAGUGAGAAAGAAAGAGUAUUAUGGGGGUUAUUUAGCCCAUUUCCUACUGAAUAAUGGGUUGAAAAUAAUAUAUGACAUGCAAUUGGAGUCAUUUUGAGUCAUUUUUUUUGGGUCACUGAAGUCUUAUAAGAGUAUGUUCAGUACCUCUUUUAGCUCUCUAUUAAAAGAGGGCAGGGACGACACUUGUUUCUGUUAUUGAAUUGCUUUGUUUUUAAUCCUCAGUAUUAAAUACUGUUUACUGGUACUACUACUUUA